CGGCGGAGCAAAAGCUCGAGGUGAGCUCGUCGAAAUCCAGGAAUGUCCUUCAAGGAUGUGCGCGAUCUGGGGGAACAUCUCAAGCUGCUGGGGUUCCCGCGGGUAUUUCCAUUGCAAUCCCUGGCCAAUCCGCAUGGCAGCCUGGCCAGUUUUCAUAUAGUCGCCGAACUCCUUCAAUGGCUGGCUGGUCUGAUGGAACCGGGAGCCACUAUAACCGGCGGCGUGGAGUCAGAGGAGCAACGGGUUCUCCUUGUCCGUUCAGCCACGGAAUUCUUUGUGACCAAGGCGCGCAUUCGUCUGAAUCCUCGAAAACUAUACGCAGCCUCUGCGGUGACGGCAGUGGAGCUACAGAAAGUUACCCGACUUUUGACAGCCCCAGGGCAAAACGAAGCAUAUCGUGACGAUGAGGACCAAAAGGACCAGUAUAGAAGCCUUAACCCAGUGGAUAUUGGCGACAAGAUGGAAGAGUUGCGUAAAGCUCGAGAGCUGGCAGCAGAUUUAUCUCAGCAGGGUACCGAAAUAUACGAGCUCCUUUCGUCGGAACUGCUUCACAAGGAGACGAGAAUGUCGCAUGCACAGAGGCCACUAGAACUGCUCAGUGUGGAAAGAACUCUGAAGAACGCCAUCCAAGCCAGUCAAGUUCGGCUGCAGUCGGGUAAAGCCCAACUGGAGGCAGCAAAAGUUGAACUUAAUGCUUUGGGCUCAAAGUUGCAACGCCGCAGAGCGGAGCUCGAAAGAACCCGCCAAAGAUUGGAAGCCCUUCAUCGUAUUCGACCGGCACAUAUGGCCGAGUUCGAGGACUGCGAGAAGAAUUUGCAGGAACUUUUCCAGCGAUACUUCCUAAGGUUGCAUGUUCGGGAUGCUCUUAAGUCCCAACUUGAGUUACGUACUAAACGUGUCACGCCCAUUGCUUCGCCCGUUCUGCAAAAGCCCGCAGAAAGUUCCAUGCCCUUUAUACCAGAGGGUCUCAUAGAAGACGACGAUGACGACGACGAGGACGAUCUGGAUGAAGAGGAUGAAGGCAAUAAUGAAGGCGAAGCGGUUUCCGGUCUCGAUAUGGUGGUAAAUGGCAGGAGUAUGUUCGGUCUGGACUCGGAAAUACCCGAUAUACGGGAUGAGGACAAGCUGAUGCAGCAGAACAGCCUCAAUUCAGCACAGGGAAAACGUCCUGGUACUGCCAACUCCAGGAUAAGACCUACAACGGGUAGGACUAGAAAAGGAGUAGGAGGAAGAGGCGUUGCUGGACCAGAGGAAGAUGGUGAUACCAAGACAACCCGGGGAUCCAGAAGAGCUCCGCCUGGAGCAGAUGCAAGUGGCACUCAUCGAAAUGGUCGCAUCGGACCCGGAAACACUAUGCUCAAUUCCCGGGACGAUGACAGUAGCUUCGGGAGCUCAGAGAGUGAACUGGAUGUGGGCGAGAUUAUGGGCAUGAGUGGACUGAGCGGCAUUAGCGGGAUAAGUGGCAUGAGCAAUAUUGCUUUGGGUGCCGGGGACGAUGAUUUUGAUCUCAAUUCGAUCGACGACAUUAGCAUUUCAAAGUUAACCGGAGAACUGCCGUUGCGACCGAAGACGGCCAAUAAAGCGGAACACCACAGCGAUGAGGAUUUUUGAAUGCACUACAACAAAGCAUAAAUGUUGUUUUACCUUAAUAAAAUAUUGCAAGCAUUUAAUAAAUAAAAUAAAGAAGCAUACUUAUCCUUCAAGCUUAAAUGGUCCCUGUUAUUAGAACAAUCUUGAGCUUUGCUUAUUCCAACUUUACAUCUCAUAUAUCUCAGCAUACAUACGGACAGACGGACAAACAGACCUACGCGAAAAAAUAAACCCGGGUUAUUGAUCCUUAACAAAAACAUAAAUAACAUAGAAUCGGAAACGAUUCUAUUCUACCUGGUACAUAUUUCAUAGAACACGUUCUCCGCUUUUAAUCUACUAGUAACGGGUAUAUAGAAUGAAAAUAACAAUUUUACCACCCACAGGGUCUAAAAGUCAUGACGAAAGUACAUUUAUACGAAAAAUCAGGUCAUUUUUAAAGGUGUCAUGAUACAUGCUUUAUUUAGGCAGUAUUUAUGUUUUACUAAUAGGUGGCGCCAAUAAAAUUGUAACUUUUGUAACUUUGUGGCUGUUGAAUGUAUAAAAAUUAUUUUGUAAAACAUUGAAUAGAUUUUAUAUUAAAAUUAUUAUUUAAAUUAUUAC